CCCAGCCCAUUUUUGGACAUGUUCUCCCUGGUGUCCUGCUCCAGUCUGCCGCUGGGACACAGUGACAUUCGGACGUCUCAAGGCGAAAACCCUAACAUUAUCCAACAACAAUGGCGCACGCUAAAAUCCAGGCGAGGAUGAACGAGAGUAAGUUCAGCCGGACUUUGUCCAUGGCGGACCGCUCCGGACAGCUGCUGGAAAGUUUGGAUCAGCUGGAACUGAGGGUGGAGGCUUUGCGUGAAGCUGCUUCGGCCAUGGAGCAGGAAAGAGAGUGCAUCCUGGAAAUGAUCCAGUCUUUACAGAACAGCCAGGAAAUGCGAAACAUAUGCGCUGGGGAGAAAGAGGAGCUCACUCUGACAGCCGAGCGUCUGAUGGGCCGGACUCUGAGUGUGGAGAUCUCCGUCGGCACCAUCCGAAACCGUCAGCAGGAGGAAGCGCUGCAAAAGGCCACAUCCAUUAUCGAUGAGAUUGUUAAGAAGCUCUUGGAGAACAUGGACGGCGCCAGGCAGAAGCUUCUCGCCCUUCACUCGGCCUGCGUGACAGAGGCUCCGCCCGUGCCCAUCGACCAGAAGUUCCAAGCCAUAGUGAUCAGCUGCGCCCUGGAGGACCAGAAGAAGAUCAAGCGGAGGCUGGAGAAGUUGUUGAGAAACGUGGAGAAUGCUGGAAAGAAUAUCAAGAUAAUGGAUAAACAGAAAUUGGAGCAGCCCAAAGCUAAUGGUGCUCAGUAGAAGCAGGAGAGGUGAUGAUGAGACUGUUGUUUAGGGCCAAAAACACUUCAGCACAACACAAAGAUCCUUGAGACGCUCUCCUGAAAUGACCCUUGGGUUGUUUGGGAAAUGUGUGUUUACAUAUUCAGACUUGACAACUGACUACAAUUUAGGGUUUAGGUGGAUGACUAGUGACUUUUCAUACACUUCACUUAGCAGUUUUACAGAAGUAGCCCAACUCUUCUGCAUGACCUCGGUUCUAGUGUCUUACAUUUGAAGGACUUUGUUCACUACCUCUGCUUCCGGGGUGAAGGCACAGCAGCUCCAGAUUUUGUCUCACGUUUGCACAAAGCGAUUCAUUUCUGAUUGUGUGAAUAAA